GACCAUUGUAUAGAUAAACAAUGUGAAUAAUAAAGAAGAAGAACAUAACAUAAUAUAAAGUGGCAAUUCAAAUGUGUCAUAUUAGAAGUUGCGGAAAAUAAUUUGUAUUUACAACAUAUUAUACAGUAUUCAACAAAUAACCAUGGCCGAAGUUGUCUCCCAAUGGAUUCAAGAAAAACUAGGAGUACUCGUCAGUUUAAACCCAGAAGUCUUCUGUGACGUGACUAGGGAUGGUUACCUAUUGAGCAAAAUCCUCAGAAGCUACGAAAUAAUCAACGAGGACCAGCUGAGUUUGAUCCAGAGAGCCGAAAUAAAAGAUAUUUGUCUGAGUAAUUUCCAGAAUUACCUCGUUCAUUGGCUAAAACCUAUAAAUAUCCAUCUUGAAGAUGAAGAUAUAGCGAAUAUCACCGAAGGAAAGAAGUUAGCGUCAUUGAGUAUUUUCUACCGGGCGUUUUUAGAGUUACAUGAGAAGGAUUGUUUGACGUUUAUAGCUAAAAGUAAGCUAAAUGGCGAACUUCGAAAUUCAGUUUCCAAAUUCACGGUCUCGAAAGUGAAGGAAAACCCGUUUAGCAAAUUGGAAAAUGUGGAAAAUCGCUACAACGUUCAGCUGGAAAAUUCCUACGACGUGGUACAUUGGCUUCAAGACAGGUUUGAAAUGGUCAUUAAUAAGUGCAAAACUGCAAGAGAAGAGUACUUAGCUACGAUAAGAAACUCAGAAAGAAGGGUAUCUAGCAGUUUUGCGAUUCCUGGUAUUGCAGUACAUCAUCAGGCCCCUGUCUUCGAUUUUUAUGUGGAUAAUGCUUCUCCAAAAUCUGUAGAUUUGACCUAUGAUGAAUUGGUGGAAGAGACUCGUAAAAUAAGGACAAGUGCCUUCAUACCAGAUAUCAAGCAAGCAAAAGAGAUAACUCAAAAAAUCAAAGAUAAGUUCAAAGACAAAGCCGAUGCUGACAUUUUUCGAAAAGACAUGGAAGAAUACAUCAGAAAAGUUUUCUGGAACAGACUCUUAAACGAAGAAAACCAAGAUUUCGAAACCCACCUUUCAUCAAAAAUGCUAAAACAAUCAUUGUAUGAAACACAGAUGUUGAAAAAAAUGGAAGAAAUAGCUAAGCAGGAAGAACACAUGUUGAGGAGUAAACAGAUAAUAGUAGACGAAAUUAUGAAAGAACAAGAAGCUUUGUUCGUGGAGAAAUUAUUGGAGAAAGACGACAGUAUAGAUAAAAAGAAGUUUGAGUAUUAUUUAGAAAAAGAACGACUAAAUCAGUUGCACAAAGUUCUCUAUGGGGAGGUGCGACGGUUGAGAGAAGAAAAGAAGCAGAAAAUAUGCAGAGAUACUGUUAAAGCGUUGUGCGAUAUGACCAUAAAGUACUCAGAGUUUCAAUCAUAUUUUGAAGAACCUCCACAAAGACGAGUUCUUGACCAAUGGAACAAGCUAAUCGUUUCAGGACUCUCCUUAGAAGAUCCUGCUGUUUCAGCGGUAGCUCUUAUAGACGAAAAAUCUAUAGCUCCCGAACAGAUAAAGCUUAAAGAACUGGAAAGACAAAGCAAAGCGGAUGAGAAAGAGUUUGAAAGUUAUGUGAAUUUUGAAUGGCCUUGGUUGUUGAGUCAGAUUAAUGUAGAGGAAGAAACUUUGUAUAAAUUGAAUUGUGGAAUGAACGUUUUGGGUCAAAAAGUACACCUUUUGCUGGACGAAAAGUAUCCUUUACCGGCACUGCCCACACCACCCGAUUUACCGAGAGCACACAUCCGAGUAUGCGUCAACGGCUUGUCCGACAUAACAUGUUUGCCCUUGCUAUCCAAACUCUUGCAGCACAAGAAUAUUGUAGUUGUAGAGCUACAGGAUGCGGUGACCUAUUGCAUGAGCGCUUAUAAACACGAAAUAGCUGUAACUAAGGAAGAAGAAACCAAAGAUGAUGCUUUGGAAGAGAAAGUUACAAAGGUGAAGAAAGAGAAAGUUGUUAAAGGGAAGAAGGGAAAAGCUGCGAAAAGACCUAAAAAGGAGGGUCUACAAACUAGUGUUGAUCAUCAAGAUAAGUUGGUCCAAACGCCAAGAAUUUUUCCGUCUGAAGAAAUUGUGUUGACGCCUUUUGCAGAAUUGGGGAGAAUAGCUGAAGAAGAGUUGUCAAAAGGAAAUGUACUGACAGAUUAUUUGUUGGUUUCGAUGUUUAUAGAAUAUUUAAGAUCAAAACCUGAUAUAGAAGGAUGGGUACUGAUCAACUACCCAACGAAUAUUGAACAAGCCAUUCUCCUUGAAGAGACUCUUUCUGGACUCAAAGUACCAGGAGUACCCGAAUCCAGCAGGAUUUGUAAAAGUUUGAUCGAUAUAGUCUACAUUUGCGACCCAGAAGAUGACGUUGAAGAAGACGAACGCAGGUUUUCUAAGUUGGUGCGAGAUCCUACACAACCAUUAGAACCACCUGCUUAUGAUACAGUUCUGACAGGAUUUAUAAACAUUUGUCCAGACAUAGAUCAAGAAACAACAGCAGAAUGGACAGAAUCUUCAAAGGAACAAAUGUCCUCAUUUCUAAACGAGCCAGAAGAAGACUUGAACCUAAAACAAUUCUACGCAGAUAUGGGCUGUUACUAUUCCUUGUACUACAAAAGCUUCGAAUAUUCUCCCGUCAAGCAGUUGGCCAAACUGAUAAUAGGGGAUUACACUAUUCCUCCAAAAUCCUCCAUAGAACUCUUCGGAGACGUUAUCCGCUAUAUUGAGUCCGAUAAAGUUGCGUAUAACAGACCAUUCAAGUCUGUCAAGUCAGGAGAAAAAGUAGAACGAGAGAGGAUUGAGAAAGUGUUUAAAAAGACCGAAGUUUCUUUAGCCUCAUCUGAAAUAGUAACACUGGAAAAACCAAAGAAGGGCAAAAAAGAAAAAAAGGCUAAAAAACAGAAAGGAGGUACAAUAAUCGUACGCGAAGAAAAAUACACUCAGAUCCCGUCUGUGACAAUUGUUGAAAUCGAAGAAGACGACCCUACCGCGUACCAAAUUGAGCCUAAACCUGGAGAACCUGGAUACAAAUACCUAACAGUGCCGAUUCAUGAUAAAAUCGGAUCGGUGAUAACGAACUUUUGGGAACACAUGGAAGAAGUGUUUGUUAAUGAUAUGACGCAAGUGUUGUUUUUGAAGAAGACGCAUUUGAAUAUGCUAAUGCCUUAUAUAUGUUACGUUAAGACCUUGAUUAAUAAACACAUAAUCAAGCCGGAUGAAAGGCAGAUGUAUCUGAUGCAGUUCCAGGAACGGUUCAACCAAUUCGACAGUGACUUUCGUCGGGAUAAUGAGUUUAAGGCUGAACUGCAUUGCUUAGUGAAUGAACUAAAAAAUAGAUUAUUGGACAUGUGUGACAAUAAAAUGAUAGCAGCAGAACAAGAAAGACGUGCCAUCAUCCAUAAAAACUGGAGUCCAAUACAACUCGCAGAAAUCAUCAACAACUACAUUAAUGGCUUCCAGCUGGAGUUGGACAGACAUAUAGACACUCUGAUGUUCAUCAACGAUUAUUUCACCGGACUUAUCAGCCAGGUGAUCACUGAAGAUGAAAUCACUAAAGAAAUUUUGCACAAAUUCGAACUGGAAAAUAAAACGUUCGAAAAAUUGGUUAAUGAUUACUUGUUGGACAAAGAGGAACAUGAGCAUAAUGAGAACCCGUUGAAGGGAAGACUUGAGGCUAUUUACCAUACUGCCUUGGUAGCUGCAGAGGUGCGUGAAGUUACAGCAUUUGAUCAUUUUAUGAAGGUAAAAUUAUUAUGUCAUCCGGACGAGGGAAAGGGAAAAGGAAAAGCAAAAAAGAAAAAAGAACCAAAAACUCUUCUUACUGCCUUUGAACAGAGCAAGAGCGUAAAGAACAAUCAAGACAGAAUUUUUGAUGAAUGGUUAUGCGCUCUACACGGUGAAAUAGCUCGAGUAGAAGUCCGAUUUUUGCUAUUGAAACACGAUAUGUUUGAAAACGUUAUCUGGUUUAUUAAAGCCCUAAGAAAGACCUUCAACGAGAUGCACAGCAAUAUUAAAACAAGAUAUAUUAAAGAAGUGGAAUGCGUUAAAAAAGCUUGCCAUUUUCUUUCGACGGCAAUAGAAAACGAGGUACCCAUUCAAGAAGAGCUUCUCUUCGUCGAUGAUGAUUUCUUAAUAAACGCAGAUAGUUUAAUGUUUGAAAGUCCAGUUCAACAAGAUGUCGAAGAACUAUCAGAUGAUUUAUUGUUCAGUGUUUCUAAACUGCAGAAAAUCACAGAUAUACUCUCUGAUUUAGCUCCAGACGGUUUUUUGCAGUGUGCAAAAUUUAUUUUUAUUCUUCAGGACUUCAUAGCCAGUGAAAAACCAUACUUGGUGCCGAAGGAAUGGAGAAAGCUAGAAGGGUACCGAGUUAAAUAUCUAUCCCAAAGACUAUUUGAAAGUCAAAGCUACAUCACCUGGAAAGACUUUAUAAUAUACAACUUAACCAUACCAAUUCCGACAGACAAAGAACUCGUCUCCUUAAAAAAUCAAUGCUUACUCAUCGAUACCCUACGUUCAGAAGUAAUCUCCAAAGAAGAAUUUCUUCGUCUACAUUUUUGGUUCGACAAAGACGAUGAGAAUAAAGAUAAGAGCAAUGGUGAUUCUGUGAAGAAGUUAUUGUUUGAGAUGUACAGGUAUGAUAAAGAAUCCUGUAACUAUACGGCAAUGCUUUUGGAUUUUUGUAAAGGUGCGUCUACACAAGAGGGUGUAGCAAAAGCAUUGGCCGUCGUAAUUGGUAAGCCUGUUUGUUGGAGUGAAGAUAUAGGAAGAAGCUUUGUUGAAGAAGUUUUUCGCAAAAGAGAAAUUCAUGAAGAGGAGGUACGACAACGAGAAAUAGAAUUGCAAGAAUAUAGAGAAUUUAUUGGAUCUAUUAUUAAUAGUAUAAUUGAUAAAACAGUCCAUAGCUGUGACAGCGUCGUUAUAACAGAAAUACUGCCAAGAGAUGAUGAAGAAACCAGAGAGGUCGGAUUCGACAUAGAUAAUCAAGGAGAAUAUAUACCACACGAAAGAAGAGAAACAGCUUCGAGACAUUCUAGACAUAAAAAUGAUGUGAAAGGGUUCAGAAACAGUGCCAAGAAAAUGUCCAGAGCUUCUGAAUCACACGAAUACAGGCAACGCAGCAAAAGUAGAAAUUCUGAAUCACACGAACACAGGCCACGGAGCAAGAGCGGAACUUCUGAGUCACAUGAAUCCAGGCAACGCAGCAAAAGUGGAACUUCCGAAUCACACGAAAAUAGGCAUCGAAUCCGAAGUGUUCCGGAAACUGAAACAACUGGAAAAAGUUAUAUUAAAGGUGAAUCUGUUACAACGACAAGCAGCCAUCCACAUAAACAAAAAAGCUCUUCUCCACCUACUUCUUCAAAUACAAUCGGUUUUGAAAAUCAAACAUCUCCAUCACUCUGCUACUUCCUUCGAUAUGAUGACAUCGCUAAAGUCUUAGCUGCAACAUUAUCGAAUAUUCUCGGUUCAAAAGAUAACAAGUUUUUCGACGUUUUGUGUAAUAUAUACCAAAUCUGCAAAAACUCUGCUUUCAACAACGAAGUUCUUUGUCACGAGUUUCUGAACUGUAAAGAUUUUUUGCAGUUGAUGGAAGGCAAGACGAAAUUCGUUAUCAAAUAUCCUGGACGAAUUGUAAAGGAGAUGUUAAAAUAAAAAAUAAAGUCAA